AUGGCCAAUUCAGAACACAGAAAACUAGCUGAUCCAAACUACGUUCCUGAAAGUAUCAGAGGCAAGAAGUAUCCAGCAAAGGACCAUAUCCUUAAGGUUAAAGAUAUUUUAUUAUCUAAGAAGACCAACUUGAAAGAUUCCGAAACAGCUGUUUUCAUUGCUGGUGAAGAAGUUGAAGGUGUUAAAUACUGUGAUGGUACUAAGAAGUUUAGACAGAAUCAAUACUUUUACUAUUUAACUGGUGUUGAUAUACCAGGUAGUGCAUUGUUGUUUAACUUCAAAACCGAUAAGCUAACUUUGUUCUUACCAAAUGUCGAUUAUGAGGAUAUCAUGUGGAGCGGUAAGCCAAUAAGCUUAGAAGAAGCUCUAAAGAAAUAUGAUGUUGACGAAGUUUUAUAUCAUGAUGAUUUGAAAGCCAAAUUAGACCAAUUGAAGGAUUUUACCAUUUUCACUACUGAUAAUGACAAUGUCCAUGACGAUUCAAUUAAGGCUAGAUUGACUGCGUCCGACUCAGAUUUCUUUUAUGCUCUUGAUGAAGCUAGAGUCAUUAAGGAUUGGUACGAAAUUGAAAUUUUAAGAAGAGCUUGUGAAAUCAGUGAUAACUCGCAUUAUGCUGUCAUGUCAGCUUUACCAAUUGAAACUAAUGAAAUGCAUAUUGAAGCUGAAUUUAGCUAUCAUUCAACUAGACAAGGUGCUCGUACUUUAGGUUAUGAUCCAAUCUGUUGUUCAGGUCCAGCUUGCGGUACAUUACAUUAUAUAACCAACGAAGACGAUGUUGAAGGUAAAAGUUCUAUAUUGAUUGAUGCCGGUGCUGAAUGGAGAGGUUACACCAGUGAUGUGACAAGAUGUUUCCCAAUUAAUGGUAAAUUUACAAAGGAACAUCGUGAAGUUUAUGAAACUGUUUUAGAUAUGCAAUCUCAAGCUAUGGAAUGUAUCAAACCAGGUGCUUCAUGGGAUGGUUUACAUCUAUUGGCUCACAAAGUAUUGAUUAAGCAUUUCUUGAAAAUGGGUAUCUUCAAAAAGGAAUUCUCCGAAGAUGAGAUCUUGAAAAGAAGAGUUUCCUGUGCAUUCUACCCUCAUGGUUUGGGUCAUUUCCUAGGUAUUGACGUUCAUGAUGUGGCCGGCAAUGCUAACUACGAAGAUCCAGAUCCAAUGUUCAGAUACUUGAGAAUCCGUCGUACAUUGAAAGAAGGUAUGGUGGUCACUAAUGAACCAGGUUGUUACUUUAACGAAUACUUGUUGGAUGAAUUCUUGAGAAAACAUCCUGAGAAAUUGGAAGUUGUUGAUGAAGCAAUUUUGUCCAAGUACAUGUACGUUGGUGGUGUUCGUAUUGAAGAUGAUGUUGUAGUUACAAAGGAUGGUUACGAAAACCUGACUAAAAUUACCAGUAAUCCUGAUGAAAUCGAAAAGAUUGUUAGUGAUGGUUUAUCAAAGGGCCGUUCUCACUUUCACGUUGUAGUAUAG